UUUCAAAACUUGGAGGGAGAGCAAAGAAAAUCUGUUUCGUUGCUAACUCGAUGAACUAGGGUUUCGAUUGAAGUGGACGACGAGAUGGUAAUCAAUGGAGUAGGGCUUCGAUUAUGGUGAACAAUGACAACGACGAAAUCAACAGAUAGAUUGCCGGAAACUGUCAUUUUUGUGACCUGUAUUUAGUUGCUCUCUGUCUCCGUCUACAACUUUCAACUGAGGAAUGGAAGAAGGGGAUCUCCAAAAAUCUCCACAGCUGCUGGGGGGUAGUACCAUACUUGAUAGCAGUGGUGAUGCAAAGUAUGUCUCUGGACUUAGUACCAUACUUGUUGCCACAAUUCAGGAAGCAAAAGACAGGAUUUCUCAGAUAGAAUAUAUUUUCUGCAGCCAGCUCUUCCCUAAUUUUCAAUCUCAUUCUAAAAGCAUGCAGAAGAUUUAUUCUGAGGCCAGAAAUGCUGCUGAAGAUGCAUGGAAAGAGAAGGAGAAUGAUCUCUUACUCCAAAUAGAUAAACUUCAGCAUGAAAUGAAACUGGUCCUUGAAGAAAAUCAGUCUCUCAAGAUGGACAAGGCACGGUUUGUUGAAACAAAAUCCUCCUCCUCCUCCUCUGCUAUGCUUAAUAAUGAGAAGAUCUUGAAUGAGCUUGAAGAGAAAAAUAAACUGCUUUUGAAGAAACAAAUUGAAGCUCAGGAAAUUCGAGGACAGCUACUGAAAAAGUCAAAGCAAGUUGACGAGGGAAUGGAACUCCAGAAUAAGUUGCUUCAAUUGGUUCAAUCAAAGGCAACUUUGAUAGUGCAAAAGGAAAAACAAUUGAAAGAGGAGGAAGAAAAGACAAGUGAGCUUCUUGCCAAACUUGUGAGUUUAGAGAAAAAUGUUUACAUGAUUCAAGAGCAGCUUAGUGCAAAAACUGACCAAGUAGAGAAGGAAAAGGGGCUGCAGGAAAAGUUACUCAAAGAAAUUGAAUUACACCUCUUGAAGAAUGUUAACAAUGAACAGCUGUUGAACAAUUUUGAAACAGAAAAGAAAUUACUCACAGGAAAAGUACGAAGUCUGGAGAAAAGCAUGGAUGCGCUUCAAAAGGAGCUCAGGAAGAAAAUUGAACAAGUGGAGGGGGGAAGAAAAUUGCAAGAGCAGUUACUCCAGCAGAUAGAUUUGAAUAGUUCAGAAAUGUUGAAGACGGGACAGCAGUUGGAAGAGCUUGAGAAAGAGAAAAAACUGCUUCUGGCUAAAAUAGAAGGCUUAGAGGAGAAAGUUGGUAAGCUUCAUGUGGGUCUUAGAGAGAGAAGCAACGCGACAUCUGAAGGAAUGGAAUUGCAUGGCAAAUUACUCCAGCAGAUUGAAGCAAAAGACUCGGAGAUACUGUCUGAGAAGAAGAAAAGAAAGGAUGUCAUUGUUGCUUAUAAAAGCCUGAAAUCUCAAUACAACUUUCUGCGUGCAAAAUUUGGUCUUACUGCAGAGAAUAUGCUCCCCCAAAACAAAAUAGAAGACGAAAGUGAUUCAUUCAGGCAUAAUCCAGUAACGUCACCAAGUCCAAAUGCUUUGAUGGUUGCCUGUGAGAUCACCCAAGAGAAGGAAAACUUGGAGGAUGACAAAAGAAUGAGAUUAAGUCAUGCAUUAAGCUCCGACUCUCCCUCUAUUUCCACUUCUCCUGUUGCACCAAACUGCUCCAGUGAUGUGAAAUCUGGCCCACUAGCUGGCACAAAACGUCCCGUCUCUUCUUGGAGAGAUACAAGAGCCCAGCACCGAGGUGGUUUUGAUCCCCACGAUGAUUUUCUUGACACUCCAUUGGAUAAUAUCAGAGGAAACAUAAAAAAGCCCAUGAAGGAAGAACUUCAAGAUCUACCAGAUCCAGUUUCAAAGGACAUGAAUUUGGACAGCUCAGAUGAUGAAACACAGGGGGGAGACCCUGGCCCACAGAAGCUGCAAAUGCCAGUUCCGAAGCCUGGCAUGAAGGGUUUCAAGUAUGUCGAACCAACAAGAAAGAAAGCCGAGAGGGAAAAUUUGAAAGGAAUUGAAUGCAAGCAAUGCAGGAAAUUUUAUGAUGCUGUUCUUCCUGAUGGCAGUGGAGACAAAGAUGCUGAGGGUAAUAAGAAGCAGUUACGUUGUGAACAUCAUGAUGGAGUUUCGAGGCAUCGAUAUAGGUAUGCGCCUCCUUUGACUCCUGAAGGAUUUUGGAAUAUUGGAUUUGAAUCUGAAAUGUGAGUUCCUUGAAUUGGAGUAGAUCUAAUUGAACUAUUUUAAAAGCUAAUAUUUAACUA